GCCGAACCGGAAGAAAUGGGGUUUCCCACCCUGACAAAUUACCCUCCCCCCUUUUUCUCAGACUCAACUGUAUGUCUUCUUAUUGCAGGAACUGUUUGUGGUGAGAAUAUAUUCAUGUCCACUGAUCCCCGGUCCUGGUCAAAUGUAAUCCAAGUGUGGUCUAAUGGAAACUCCAAUUUUAAGUACGGUGUUGGGGCCAUUGACCCAAAGAAGAGCAUUGGUGGCUAUACCCAGAUGAUUUGGUAUAAUUCAUACCUAAUUGGAUGUGGUGUGGCUUAUUGCCCAGAUAAGCCUUACCCGUACUUCUAUGUCUGCCAGUACUGCCCUGCAGGGAAUAUACAAGACCAAAUGGCAACACCUUACAAAAAUGGUACACCUUGCGGAGACUGCCCCAACAACUGUGAGAAUAAACUCUGCACCAACCCCUGCAAGUAUGUCGAUCAUUUCACAAACUGCCCACAGAUGAAGAAACUGUUCAGCUGCAAAGAACAACUAUUGGUUGAGAACUGCCAGGCCUUGUGCAACUGCCCAACCGAAAUUAAAUGACGUGCGGAUGCACCGUAGAAGAUUACUGUCGGCAGUAGAAGAAGUUGAAGAUUCAGCACGAAAAAGGCACUCGUUCUUUUCUCUCUGCAAUUGGUAAAAUUCAGCCUUUCAUUUCAAUCACAUUAAAAAAGGGAUUUUUCAAAAGUUAAA